GUGCAUAAACGUUAUACUAAUGAUAUAUAGUCUUAUGGGUGCCCUCUUCUGGAUGCCAGGUUUCAAAAGCAGCUCUAGUCAUUCCCGCCAUGAUGACGUCCAUGCCUGUAAACUCCUCCCCUAAAGUCCUUGAAAACGGCUAUCAAGCUCCCAAUAAUCCUAUCCUGAGGCUGGCGUUCAAAAUCUUGUGCGUUAUUGCGGUCUCUCGGGAGUCUCUCGACCAUUGGGAAGAUACAAAGAAACAAGAAUGGAAGGACCAUGUCUCAAUAAUGGUCAAUCGAUUUCAGAACACAAAUAUCACUGCCGGGCUCGUACUCGCAACUGCUACUCUAUUCCUGUCAUCCGUGCCUCCUAUCGAGCAUUUGAUGGCUUAUAACUUCUCAAUCUCGUACAUCUUCGCCAUGGUUUCAUUUGGUGCCGCAUUGCUCAGCGUAAUAUCCGGAUCUGCUGUGCUUGUUAUCUAUGAAACUAGCACCGCUCACAAAGACAUGGAAACCCUCAAAUGCAUGCCACGACACCAAGUCAUCGCGCUGCUGCUAUGGUUGGCAUACCCCUCAGUCUGUCUGUCAAUCGCUACUUGCUGUUUGUUUGUCUAUCUUUAUCGCUUGCUUUUGGUCUGGCAAUAGUGCUGUCAACAUCAUAACCGCCUUGGCUUGUUUGGCCUUCCUUUCAAACGGAGGCCUUACUCUCUACGUUUUCAGCGUUGUAGGCGAAAAGAAAAAACUCGCC